GAGUGCUCGAGGUCGACAGAUGACUGUAGAUCGGAGGAUCAGAGGAUCAGCCGUUAUAGGUAGGCUGAGGAUGUUGGACCUACCUGGACAGUACCUGAGGAGGAAGCCAAAUGGGAUGUUUGAAAACAGCGGGAACAGGAUGAAUGAGAUUGAUGAAGAUAACAUAGGAAUGAAGUGUUAUGGAAUCACUGUUUGUAAAAAAAGGAAUGAAAGUACUUUGGUUGGAACAGAAGAUUAGAUCUAUAUUUCCAGACAAAACUUGGCUGGAAGUAUAUCUCCCCUUGGAAGUAAAAUAAUAAAUGUGUUAAUAAUGUGAUCCACUCUGAAUUUGUUUCUAAAUAUUGGAAUACCCAGCUGAGAUGGUUCCAGUGAUGUCAUCAUCGAGAAUGGCAGCUUAAGUCACUAGCUCCUCCGGAAAAACGCAUAUUAAGCCCCGUUAUCCCAUCAAAUAUAAUAUUUUUGGAAAAAUAUUUGAACUGAAAAGAGGGGCAAGAAUGGGGAAAAAGAACGGAAAUAAAAAAAGCGACACUACAGAGCUUGCGGCCGAGGGGAGUGCAGCGAGCGGCUCUCCUACCCGACCGUGUGCUAAUGAGGCAGCCGCUGGGCCUCGUUCAGGCAAAGCAGUGAAUAUCUUUGAAAUCCUGAAAGAAAUAAUGGAGGUCCAGAAAGAAAUAAAGCAGCAGCUCCGUGAUAUUAAGUUGGAGCUCACCAGCGUCAAUCAAAAAAUAGCGGUGGCAGAGACUCAAAUUGAGAAGGUGGAAGAUCGCAUUCAAAACAUGGAACAGAAACUGAGUAAGACAAUAAAAAUAAUACAUCACCAAGAAGGUAAACUGGUUGACCUGGAGGGAAGAUCACGGCGGAAAAAUAUCAGAACCUACAACAUCCCCAAAAGAGCUGAGGGCUCGUCUAAGACGGAGUUUGUCAGAAAGUUACUGCAGGACGCGUUGGAUAUUCCUUCGGCUAUGAAGCUGGAAGUCAAGAGAGCCCACCGCACAUUAGUUCCAAAACCUACCCAGGAUAGAAAGCCAUGCUCAAUAAUUAAAUUCCUUUGGUACAGCACCAAGGCGGAGAUUCUACGAAGGGCCUGGGGUAAGAAGAGAGUGUUUUUCAACGAUAAAUUAAUAUACUUCGACCAAGAUUACCACCCCCCCCCCCCCGCGGUCCUGCAGAAAAGCAAAGCAUACUCUGAAGUAAAGGGAGUACUAAAGCAAAAAUAGAUUAAAUCUCAAACUCCGUACCCUGCUAAACUUCAAGUGUUUUAUGACAACGGGACACAGUUGUACCAGACAAUGGAAGAGGCAACUACAGACAAGAAGGCCAGAGGGUUGCCCAUCAGCAUGACCAAAACAAAAGAAAGCCUGGCUGAUGAAUUGUCCCACACGGCUUGGGAAAUAGUGCGAGAAACGAGAAGGCAGGAGACAGGAGGAGGACGAGAUAAAUAUAUCAGGAAGAGACCGGGAGUUUCCUAAAGACAGUCCUCACCCCCUUCAGAAGAGCCAUAAGGUUUGGCUAACUUUAAAAAUGUUGAGAAGCUAAACAGAAGCAAAAGUACACGGUGAUAUAACUAUCUCAAGAAAUACUUACUAUAAUGUGGAUUUUAUAUUACUUAGUUGUUAUUCUUUAUUUGCUCACUUACUUCUUUUUCCCCACCAAAAUGAGAAUAAUGUAAUAUAUGUGUGUAUAUAUAUAUUUGUGUGAGAGAGGAGUACACAGGGAAAUCUUUUCUGUGUAAUGGAUUUGUUCACUGACUUUUAUGAAUACUGCAAUGGGGGCCCUCAACUCACAAGUAGGAGGGGUUAUUCCCCCACAGCUAGACAUUUCCUCUAGCUCAACGAAGGGUCAACUACUAGAGACCUCAGCCUUGGAAUCACACGUUCGUUGCCAUUUUUGUUAUUAUUUGCGUUUCUUGG